AUGGUUGGCCCCGCGACCAAUCCGAUCAAGGUGCUGGGCGCCGACUGCAAGCAGGGCGGCUCGUUCUACGUCUGCGACCAAAAGGAUGUCAAGUUCGUCGGCUGCUGCGACCUCGACCCGUGCAAGACCAGCGACGGGCUGUGCCCCGACAAGAACCUCCGCAACUCCACCUUCGACAAGUACUCGUACAACAGCAUCGCGGCGCAGGACUGCGUGAGCACCGACCCGAGCGUCCAGUGGUGGGCGUGCGCCGCCAUCAGUGUCCCCUUUAUGGGGUGCUGCUCCGACAACCCGUGCGCGCUCAACGGGUGCCCGGCCGACAAGCUCUACGCCGCCAGGCUGAGCGACAAGCGCGAGAACCAGAAGAACUUCCUCCCCGAGGGGGCAGAUGCCGGCGGUGGGCUGUCCACGGGCGCAAAGGUCGGCAUCGCCAUCGGCGUCAUCGCUGGUGUCGCCCUGAUCGCGGCCCUCCUCUGGUUCUGGAAGCGACGCCGAGACAAUAACAACGACGGCCGGUACUCGAGCACUGCGAUGGGCCUCAUGGGCCCGUCGCAGCCUGCGUCUUCCUACGACGGGCGCUCGCAUCAUCUGGGUUCCCCCUCCUACCAGAAGGUCGUCUCGCCGCACCUGUCCCCGUACGCGCCCUCGGAGCAGUACGACCCCGUACCGCACUAUCUGGCCUCGCCGUCGCCGCCAAUGUCCACGAUGCAGGAUCAAUGGAGGACCACGUUGUACAGCGAGGGUGGUCGGACGCACCAGUCGUACGGCCAGGCGCCGAGCGAGCUGUCCUCCGGGGAGCGAGGGCACCUGGGCGCGUGGUAUCAGCAGCAGCCGGCACAGGAGCUUGCGACGCAGGACCACAUUGUCGAGCUGCCAGGGAACACGCUCUCUCCGAGUCGUGUGAACAGGGAGAGGUAUGGGGAUACUGGCUUGGGUCUAAAACUACAACCGUAA